GGGCGUCACACCGGGUUUGAACGCUCGAGUGCGGUACUGUGGCUGGCCACCAAGACGAGGCGCAUCUCAUCGCCAACACGCCUCUUUUUCUCCAAAUGUAGCUAGCUACGACUCCCAACGAAAUGUAGAGCGUCAGAAACAGCAAAUAAACGUAAAUCGCGUUUCCAAAUUGCGUUUUGCCAGAAAUUAUUGAGAACAAUGGUGAAAUAUUUCACCUGUUCAGGAUUUCUUAAAGGAACAUGGGACCAAGUAUUUCUAGCAUUCUGGCAAAGAUAUCCCAACCCUUACAGUAAUCAUGUUUUGACGGAAGAUAUCGUCUUUCGGGAGGUAACUCCCGACAGCUGCCUAGUAUCCAGACGACUCUUGACCAAAACCAGCCGUGCACCUCGCUGGGCAGAAAAGUUCUUGCCUGCCCACAGGGCAUGCAAAGCCUACAUCGUUGAAGAUUCCAUUGUGGAUCCUCAGAGUAGAACCAUGGUCACUCUCACCUGGAACAUUAGCCAUGCUUACCUCAUGUCUGUGGAGGAGCGAUGUGUGUAUGGAGUCAAUCCUGACAACAGCAACUGGACAGAGAUCAAGAGAGAAGCCUGGAUCUCAUCUAAUCUUUAUGGCCUCUCCAAAGCUGUUCAGGAAUUUGGUCUUGCCCGAUUUAAGACUAGUGUCACGAAGACUAUAAAAGGGUUUGAAUAUGUCUUGGCCAGAAUGCAAGGUGAAACACCCACAAAAACACUGGCAGAGGCAGCCACUGAGAAGGCCAGAGAAAAGGCACUUGCUGCUAAAGAGAAAGCUAAAGACCUGGCAUCCCAAGCACAGAAGCAGCAAUACAUGUGAUGCCUUGUGUAAAUAAAUAAAUAAAUAAAUAAACACCCAUAGCAUUGCUUUCCUUAAUGGAUAUUAAAGGGCUUAUUUUCACAAACUCCAA